AUGUCUCUGGUACCAAAUUAUGGCAGUAGCUCCGAGUCAGAAGAUUCAGAUCAUGAAUCAACCCCUCAACAAACAAAGCGGCCAUUAGCUUCGUUAUUACCACCACCCAAGAAAACGGUUUCUAUUGCACUGCCUAAAUUACAAGACGAUGAGGAGGAUGAUCUGGAUAGAGAGAGAAAGCGACCCAAGACGACAGUUGGACUCGGGCUCGCCGAUCUACUGCCUGCACCCAAGAACUAUAAACCCAUUCCUGUGUCGAAAACAACUACAGAUAAAGCCUUCAUUCCUCAUGCAUUGUCCAAGAAGAUGAAGGGUAAGCAAAAGGCGACUAUUCAACAAAAGACAUCUGAAACAUCAGAACCAAGUGUGAAUGAAGAGCCACAAGCUGAUACAUUACAUGCCAAUAAGGAUGGUGAAGAGGAUAAUGAGGAGGAUAAUGAGGAGGAUGAUGAAGAGGAUGAUGAAGAGGAUGAUGACGACGCAAAGCAAGAGAGCAAAAAGUUUACUGGAUCCUUUUUUCACAUUGGCAAAGAUUUAAAGGAUAAAGAGAUCAACAUUCAGCCAAAGGUCAAGCCAGUGUUGGCUACACCUGGGCCAAUGUAUUCUGUAGAGAGACCACCAGUAGAGCAACAGCCUGAAUUAGCGGCGGUGGACAUGUAUGCUUAUGACCCCAAUGCCAUGUACUCAGCAGAUCCAUCUGUCUAUUAUCAGUACGAGCAAGCGACCAGCGUCGAAGGCUUGCAAGACGAUCCCCAGUUGGAACGAUUGGUUGGUAAGCGAGCUCGAGGAGAAGGCAACAUUCAAAUAAAGGAAGUCAAUCAAAAUGAUAUGCUGCCAUCCGAAGAAUGGAGACGGGCUCAAGCACUCACAGCCGCACCCAAAUUCAACAAUGGAGUUACAAUGCAAGCAAGUAAACUGCAGAUGAAAAAGAACAAUAUCAUGGCAUUGGCUGCUCAGGCAGUGAACAACCAGGAAAAGAUGGACGAGAUGUUUGCAGCCAACAAAAAGACCCGUCGAGAAGCAGCCAAAAAGUACGGAUUUUAG